AUGAAGUGCAACAUGUUUACCACUAGCGAGGCUACCCUCCUUGCGAUUAUCGCAGCACAGUUCGCUUCCACUGUGCUUGCCGCUCCUCUUGCCGACGUGGCGUUGAACAACAUCUUCGAAAGGCAGGCAUGUGCUUACCCCCUCUCACUCGGAACUGCAAAGGGUUUCACGCUGCUUGCGAAGGGCGGAAUCACCAAUUCUGGCGUUCCUCUAAGCAUUACGGGAGACAUCGGUGUCACCCCGGCUGGCACUAUUACGGGCAUCACUGCUGCGCAGGUUACUGGAACCAUUCAUGCCAACAACGCGGUCGCAUCAGCCGCCGCCGCAGUAGCUGCCAAUAGAUGCGCUUGUGCGCUCUCCAAAUCUCCAGCUGUUACCACGUCAGGAGUGUUGGGGGGCGUCACCUUUGCUCCAGGGACCUACCGCAUUACGGGUGCGGCCUCAGCUGCCGCUAAUACCUUCGUCACCUUAGAUGGUGCCAGCAACCCCAACGGUCAAUGGAUCUUUCAGAUUUCCGGCAGUUUCACCACGGGAGCAAACGUUGAAAUCAAGCUGAUCAACGGUGCCAAAGCAUGCAAUGUCUACUGGGUUGUCGGCACUUCUUCAAUCAAUGCCGCGACCACCCUGGGCGCGACCAACAUCUUUAACGGUAACAUCUGUGACUAUGGAGCCAUCACAGCUGGUAUCAAUCUGGUAGCUAACGGCUCCUGGUUCACUCUGCCGGCGGCUAACAUCAUAACCAUCGCUGGCGGCACCUUGAAGGCUGUCACGACCUGCUAG